AUUGAAAUAGCCUACCCCAAAAAGUUUUAAAAAUUUAAAAUAUUACUAUUGGAUGAAUGAAGCUUGAUAUUUACUGAUGAAUUUCGUUGUUCCUUGAAUGAUCUAUAAUUUCGUUUCAACAAGAUAUCAUCAUUUUCAAGUUUCUAUUCAUAAAACAUUAAAACACUGUGAUAAAGAAAUGACACCAAAUGAUCAAACUAAUGGUGGACGCAAAACAGUUGAUAUUUGUGAUUUAGUACUUGACUAUGUAACACAAUUUCCAUUUGCUAAAGAUGUAAAAUCACGUAUUAAUUUAGAUGAUAUUCACUCAUCUGAUAUUGAUUUUACACGUUUAUUUGUUACUCAUAAAAAAACAGAAUACCUCUUACCAAAUAUAGUCAAUGGUGAUACCAAACAAAGUAUUGCAGUGCCACCAAAGACUUUACCGCCAACUCUCAAAAGAGAUCUUAAAAGCCAUGUUCUAUUCUCAUCUAUAUUUACAAACAAAACGAGUGAAACACAGACAAAUCAUUUAAGAACUGAACGUCGAACAAGUUCAUCUUGUCGACUGAGUUUACAAAAGGUUGUUACAAAGGGUGGAAGUAUAAAUUUGCAAAUAGGACCACCAAGUAUGCCUGUGCAAGCUAACGGUGGUUUUCGACGCGAAAUAACAAUGUCCAAGGAUAUGGAAGAAGUAUUUGAAGAAGAAUUAACCUGGACAUUAGACACAGAAAUAGUUGUCCCUCCAGGAUAUAAAACACGUGCUGAGUUAAUUAUUACGGAGGAUGAAUACUACGGUAAAUUUCAAGUUGAGACAAUAUUUGAAGGUUCGAUCUCUGUGAAGCUACGUGAUAAAAAGGAUGGAUCUGUCGUAUCUGUUGUAGUUAUAAAUGAUUUAAGUAAAUUUCUAACUGCUAAAAAUGGAUUUCAUCCAAUACCCAAUUCAACUAGUGCUGUUUGUUUCGUUAAUGAGGGCUUUUGUCAUUGUCAUUAUGGUAUUGGUCAACGUGUGGAAUUGCAGGAGGAGAAAAUUUAAAUGAACUGGGAACUACUAUUAAUUAUUAUGAGUAAUAUUUAAAAAAAUCAUUUCUUUUUAAAUAUAUGCACCUUUACACAUUUUUC